UUUAUCAACUAGAAUCAAAAUGAUGAUUUUACAAAUAUGAUGGAAGAUACUUCGGCGUCUUAAAGCAAGAAGCAUCUCGUGCAUGAGAGGAAGAAAUGGAUUUCGAUCGAUCUUUCACAUAUACUUCAACGUAACUACUCUCGCGUUUUACAUAUCUACUCCAAGAAAGAUACCGAUAAUCGGAUGGGGAAUUCAUAGGAGAGAUGAGAGAGUUGUUUUAGAUUCGUACGUACGAGGAAGCACUUUUCUUUAAAUUGUAGAUACAAGGCCUUCAUUGAAAUCUCGUAAACGUGCGGAUUUAAUUUAUUCAUGGUCAGUGAUAAGAAGAUGAAUGAUGAAAAAGAAUGUCUCGACAAUGAACAUUUGGAAAAAUGGAUACUACGAGACAUGGAAUAUAAUAUUCAAUAAUAGUUAGAGACCAGAACGUCUUAUACUUGAUUUGACUUCAACGCGAUUCUGCGCUUGAAACUUUACAAAGCAACAAGGAAGAAAGGAAGAAAGCACAUUGAUAGUAUCAGCAGGAUCGACAGCGGUGGUGGCAUCGGCAAUAGCGAAAGAGGGAAAUUCUCCCCCCUCCCCCUUUCUCUCUCUCUCUCUCUCUCUUAACGACAUUAACAGGCUCGAAUAACGACAUGGACGGCGAGAGUGAGACGUACGAAGCAUGGCAGGAAAGCUAAACGUUCGCGCAGACUCGGCCGUCUUCGUGCUCCCGCCAGGGUUCGCCGCAAAAAGAAAUAAAGAAAGGAAGGUAGUGAAGCGCGCGAGCUUCGUGCAAAAAUCAUUAAAACGCGUGCUUGUUUCGCGACUACGGCUUACUGACGUUCCGGUCCGUGAUUUAUUAGCAGACGACAACGACAGGAGUACAGGAGGCAACCGUGUCGUCUGCCACUUGGACUGACUUGGACCACAUCGCUAAACCGCUCGCUCGCUUGUUCGCGCGCGCGAUGUGACAUCUCCAAGGAAAUUUUCUUCUACGUUGUCGCACCGACACAUUAUAUCUUCCGUCUUUUACAUGUACAGCCAGCACAGGCUUUGGGAUGGUUUAACCAAUAGCGAGACGCGCAGCAUUGGCAUGGAGUGGACUCGCGAUAAAACUCUGGAGUUGCUACGCGAGUAUCAACAACGACGUGUUCUCUGGGAUUGGAAUGCCCGAGGCUAUCGCGACCGGGCGAAGCGCAAACGAGCUAUACAAGAGCUUGCCGAGAUUCUCUGCUGCAACACUCUCGAGAUUGAGAAGAAGAUCACUAAUCUCAAGUGCCAGUAUUCUCGGGAAAUACACAAGAUACAGAACAGUCGCGAUGCUGCUACCGGUCCAGACGACGUAUAUGUUUCCAAGUGGUUCGCCUUCAAAGCCAUGCAAUUCUUACAAUUUGGCACGCGUAGAUACAGCAAGCGGAAGAAGAAAGUUGAAGAGGAACCGAAACUACAAGAAGAAUAUAUUGUGAGCAACAUCGAUCCAGAAAGUAUAACAUUCAUGGAUAGCAACGAGGAGACAAACGGCUCUGGUACCGGUUCCUUCAACGCCUCAUUCAGCGAAGAUGCCGAAGAGUCCUCGUCGUCCAGUAUGAAGGCAAUGGAGUUAUACAAUGGUUCUUUGCCAAGCCAGAACGGUCUUGAUGAGUCCGAACAGAUGAAACUCGAGCUUCGCUCACCGGAUGAGAAAGAACGAAAAAAGACCAAGGAAGAGUUCUCCAAGUUUGGCGAGAGUAUUGCUGUGCAGCUCGCCGAGAUCCCCGAUUCUUACUCGAGAUCGGUCGCUAAACUCAGGAUCAACCAGAUCCUCUUCGAAGCGGAGAUCGGGAUCUAUGCGCAAACGCGUCGCUAAUGAGCAAGUUCAUUAGUACCAGUACGAAUAUCAAUGUGGAAUAAUCAACAUGGAAAACACAAUUGCGAUUCACAUUCAUGGCGCAUCAUCGCUCAAUUUACAUCGAUCUCAAUUUACGACGCCGAUUCGUUCGAACUUUUGCUAUAACAAGUUUCUAACGAGCUGUAAUUCGCUUUAAACCGAGAUUUUGGAAUGACUAUAAUAGGACUGUGACAAAAGAAAGACUCGCCGCAAAUAAAACAAUGAAAAUUAUUCGACAGAAGAAACUAUAUUCUAUCCAUUAUCCAUCGAUCGAGCAUGCGUUUCGAAUAGAGUGCCGCAAUGAAAUAAAUAUUCAUACAGCUUCCAUUUGUUUAUAACGUUUAAUUUUUGGACAAAUAAAACAAUUUAAAUUAUUAUGACUUAGAGGAUUAGAAGAUACGGUAACAAGUGUGCAAUAUUAAAACGAAUGCCAGCAUGGCAUGAUGAUCGCCGUCCGCAUCUUUUUACAACCCGGAUGCUUCUAAAGACUGAAUCGAUGAUCAAGACUGUAUAAUAGAUAAUUUUUCCAAGUGAUUAAACAAAUUUGUUAAUAUCAAAUACUGAUUGUUUAUUUUCCAAGCUAAGCAACAUCAGUGUUUAUUGUAUUUGUAUUUAUUUCUACGUUCCAGAAAAACUAUCAAUAUG